AUGACUAUUUCUUCCAGCAGUCAUCGAUCAUUUCUCAAUGGUGCAAGUUUAGAACCAGUGCCGGUGAACCCAAAUUCGCAAGUGGCAAAAUUUGACUUCAUGUUAACAUUCAAUCACAAUCCGGUAUCAUGUGACAAAAGAUUAACAUGUUUUUUUGUUUCCUCAAAUGAUAUUUUUGAACCAAGCACUUGUACCCAGAUGGGUCAAAGAUUUCAAUGUCUUUUUGAACGACUUUUUGACCUACAGUCGAAUGGUGUUCAAAUGGGUGGAUCAAAUAUGUUGGUUGGACGAAUGUCAGUUAUUUUAUCGGAAGAAUAUAAUGAAGUGGCAGAAAUGUGCUUGGAUAAAGUGUCCGAUAUUAUUUACGAAGGUUUGUGCGAUAAUAGAAUCUUUUUUAAAUUAGUUUUAAUUUGUGCCUAA